UGUAAUUGUGGUUGUGAUUUGGUUUAUGAUUCAGAGAGACGUACUUUAAAUGCUAAAAUCAAAAAUAAGAAAUUUUCAUCAGCAGAUGCCCUUAAAUCACUAGGAAUAGAAAUGACCCCUGGUAAAGAAAAAGUAAAUCUAAUAUGUCCCACGUGCUCCAACUUGAUCGGCAAACUAUCCGAGUCCGAUGCAAAUUUAAAGGAAUCAAAAAAAAACCUCAAAAAGAUCACCAAAACACACACGUACGUGGGAUUGAAAAUUAAAAGAGAAGAACGUUCACCACACUCGGCCUCUAAAAUGAAAAGGAGAAAAACCAGCAACACGCCUGUCAAAGAGGAGACAAUACACAAGACGGCCCAAACACAGACUGGAACUUGUCACUCGGGACAGUCGAGGAAACGGAAAAAUUCCUUCCUUUCCCAGGCUGCAGGGCAUCUCGAAGGUGGGCGUUAUAAGAGGUCGCUGGAGAGCAUGAAAUCAUCCAAGACUUACAACGACUUUAUCAUUGGAUCAGUAUGCAAGCAAAUUCAAAAAGAGAUGAAAUCAAGUGGUCCCAUAUUCAACAUUGAUUCCCGCAAUAAGACUAAGUCAUUUGAAAGUUAUUCCUGGAAAACCGCAAACAAAAGUUUAAAGAAUAAAUGUCCAACCCUCAUGACCAUUCUGGGAAGCACGGUGGAAAGAAAACUCAGCAAGAAGGAUGAUGUUCGGCUCACAAUGAUAGCAGCUCAAUUGUUCUUCGUAAGAUGUCCAGCAAAACACAAAGUCCUCCAAGAAUUGAUUGGACUCCUCCUGUGGUUUGCCGGCACCAACAGAAAGACGUUCCAGAGGCUCAACAGGCUUGGGAUUUCUUCCGGUAUCAAGGCUACCACAAAAACUAUAGAUGCGUUGAGAUCUGAAUUCGAUGUCACAAUUCACCAACAGCGACAGCGAAUCACAGAGCUACAGUCAACAAGCCGAAAAGCAAAGAGGGAACUUUUCAGUGAUGAGUGGGAGGAUUUGACUGAAUGGGUGAAAGUGCUAGACGUCACUGAUACCCCAAUGGAUCAUUGUGAUGACAGCCAUGUCGUGGUCUCACAAACAGAUACAGUGCUAGACGUCACUGAUACCCCAAUGGAUCAUUGUGAUGACAGCCAUGUCGUGGUCUCACAAACAGAUACAGUGCUAGACGUCACUGAUACCCCAAUGGAUCAUUGUGAUGACAGCCAUGUCGUGGUCUCACAAACAGAUACAGUGCUAGACGUCACUGAUACCCCAAUGGAUCAUUGUGAUGACAGCCAUGUCGUGGUCUCACAAACAGAUACAGUGCUAGACGUCACUGAUACCCCAAUGGAUCAUUGUGAUGACAGCCAUGUCGUGGUCUCACAAACAGAUACAGUGCUAGACGUCACUGAUAACCCAACGGAUCAUUGUGAUGACAGCCAUGUCGUGGUCUCACAAACAGAUACAGGUGAAGAGGCCCCUGACACCCCUCUCAGCCAAUGGCCCGUGGAUCAAAGCCCAAAUCCCGACAAUAAUGGUGGAUCCUGCCCUAACCUUGAUGAAACCAUACUUUAUGGCCAAACUGAUGACACCACAGCAACACCAUUGGGAUUUACCUUGACAUUUGACAAUGUCAACCAGAGGACAAGAACAAGUUUUCAUUCAAGUGAGGGAAAAGCAAACAGACAGUUCAACUUGGUGCAAUCGUAUGGAGAGAUCGACCGUGUUCCAUGUUUCCAUCUCAGUGAUGAGCCUCCAUCUUUGGAACAACUAUCAAGUAUUUGUGAAGAUGUCUUUCUGCCCUCAACUAAAGAUACUGAAAUGCUACGGUAUGAAUAUGAAGUGAUGAUUGCCCGGAUACUCUGCAACCACAUUCCCUGCUUUCGGGAUAUGAGCAUCACUGAGCACAUCCCACAUCCUUAUCUCGCAGAGACAAAGAAGAAGAGUGUCAUGGUACCGUUAGGAGUGCUUGAAAAAGAUGAGAGCAAAGUCUCCGAUAUGAUAGAUGUGUUGGACUAUUUGCACAGAUACGUUCCAGGAGAUAAGUCACCAAUCCCUGUGGUUCUGUAUGGGGACCAGCUAUCCUGUGAAAGAGUACGUGAUGCCAUGGGAGCUCGAAUCAACGAGGAUACACCAUGGGAUAGACUAAGUGGCUUACAACCAGCCAUACAGGAGUGGCAUAAGCGCCUUCUUAUGUUAACGGUACCAUUUCAGUUUAAUUCCCAUUUGUUUUUGCUUUUAAAUGGUUAACUGCUUGACUUAACAUAACUUAAAUGGGACAAAAUGAGACAAAUUGAUGUGUAUUUUUUUUUGUGACAAUACUGAAUGGUAAAAUCGGAAGGGUAAACAAUAAUAAUAAUGUUUAAUUUGUAUAUAGCGCUUAAUACAAAUGUCUCUAAGCGCUUUACAAGGGUAUAGCAAGCUUUAUAUAUUUUGAAAGUAUAGGCCUACAUUACAGAAUAAUGUAAAUAUGAUUUACACAUAGGAGAGCACAUGAUAUGUUGCCAUGGUAGCAAAAUAUACAAACAUAUAUAUUUUUUUUACAUUUCCCCUUUGUGUAAAAUAAUGCACACUUAAUAAUGUAGACCACUUGAAUUUAUUAUGGGAUUACUUUUGUAAUAAGUGCCCAUAUUGUCUUAAUUUGAUACUAAGAUAAGAAAUAAACACCAUUCCUAACUAGAGUUAUGAUGAUGAAUAUAUUGAUGUGUGCAAAAAUAGAACAAAAUAUUACAUCAACCCAUAUAAGCACACAUAAUGUGUGUCCGCGCGUUCUUUUAGCAAGAAACAUUACUGGAAUUCAAUCAACAGUUUUAUUUAUGAAAAUAUGUAAUUUUGUAUCCAGUUAUAUAUCAAAGCAUUUUUAUGAACUUUAAACUGAUACCAAUUAUGAAGGAUGUAGGUAUAUGGCAUAAAGCUGUCCCAAAGUGUCAAAAGAGGGGAUACCCCACUUCCCAAAAGCACCAACAACAAAAAAACACAUUUUAAGGGC